AUGCGCGCCCCUGCACCCGCCGGCAUCAUUAAAAUGGCACCUGCGGCAGAAUCCGCCCCCCGAGAGGGCCUUCAGCGGCUCGAGAAGCUCUCCGCGCAGAUGGGAUUGGAGGCCCGUCCUCACAAGAUCAAAGAGAUGGAGCAGCUCGCAGGGCAGUUUGUACCGCUGUACGAGCGGUGCACUGCAGACCUGGCGCGGCGAGAGGAGGCACUGGCAGCCCGAGAGGCUGAGCUUGCUGCUGAGAAGACCUCGAUAGAGGCAGCAAAGGCUGAGCUGAGGUCCCAAGAGGCUUUGGCGAGGCUCGGCGAGGACGUUGGCGAGAUCAACGCCCGAGAUAACAAGUUCAAGACCAGCUUGUUGUCUUCGAACGAGAAGACGGUGGCGGAGAUUGGCAAGACCGGCGCGAAAGUGGCCGAGUCUGAAAAUCGACUUGCAGACACGAUGCAGGCAAACCAGAAGGCCUGCAUGGAAGCCAUCGAUUCGUGUGAUGACAAGAUCAGCACGGGUGUUGCCGAGGGCGUGGCAGCCGGGGUCAGGGUCUCCCUGAACUUCGGUGUGCGCUGUAUAAACCAGGGCACUGUGGCCUUGGCAGCGUGUGAGAACAACCUCGCACUCAAGUUGGACGACACGACCCGCGCCGUGUCCAACUCCGAAGACACGGUGAGAGGUGCUGUGUCUUCGUGUGAGGAAGUGUUGCUGGCCGACGGGAACCAGACCCGUGAAAAAGUGUCUUCUUGUGAGGAAAAUCUCGAGCACAAGUUGGCUGCUCUGUCUUCCGGUGGGGAGACCCUCGGGAAAAUGCUGGCUGCCUUGUCUUCUGAUAUGGGAGGCCUGAAGCAAGAGAUAACCCGGCUCGUGUCUUCGGGUCAGGAGGACGUUGUGGGGACACUGUCUUCUCACAAGCAGGAGAUGACAUCGUCCGUGAGGGAGGUGAAGAACUUGGUCGGGGAGAUGGGGCUGAGUGUGGCCGAGGCCUUCGACGAUGAUAUUGCUGGCCUGAAGGCCCACAUAGACUCCCAGACUGAUUCCACAAUCAGGGGGUCGGUUGCUGAGGUCAAGGCAACCUUGGACCAAGGCCUUGGGAAACUGUCGGAAGAGUUGGGCCAGUGCCAAACUGAACUGGCGGCUUUUAUGGCAGAGGAUAGGCUGAAGUCAGUCUUCGCGGGAGUUUCUCGGGACGAUGAGGUCCUGCAACUUGUUCGCGAUGUGCUCGGCGCGAUACCCCAGCCAGACACCAGGUUAGCCGAGGGCAUGUCUGAGAUCAAGCAGAUGCUUGAGGACAGGUCUCGCCGGGAAGGCGAGUUGGAGACACAGUUGGUAGAUGCCAACAAGAAGAUUGAGUCGGUGAGUGCUGACCUUGAGAAGUCAAAGGGUGAGCGAGACCAGCUGCAAGCGGAGCUGGAUCAGCUCAAGACCAAGCUCCCCCAGACCCCUCGUCGAUCCGACCAGGACUCGGGGUCAGACGAGUCAAGCUUUGAUGUGAGCUCGGAGGUGGAACAAGAGAUGAACAAUCUCGUGGAUGCGAUCGCCCCAGAGCCGGUCGCCGCUGGGCCAGAGGCCCCAAAGGUGCCGGAUCUCCAGGCCAGGAUCCGGGAUCUGGAGGACGAGCUGCGGCGGUCCGCCGAGAACGUGGUGUCCAAGGUUGAUCUUACUGACGCCAUGGACAAGAUGUUUGGCAAGCUGUCCCUGCGGGAGGACCAAGCGGCCAAGAUCGCUGAGCUCGAGAGGGACCUGCAGGCGUCAGCCAGGAGGGCUCUUGACGCUGAACAGAGAGCCGCUGCCCUUGAGACAGCGGCUGAGGAGGGGACUGGCAACCGGGGACGGAAGCGGUCCCGGUUGAACCAAGACGACAGCAGCUCGUCCGAGGAGGCUGGUAAGUCCAUGUUCAAGGCCAUGUCUUUGGCCGUGCACAAGGCCAUGGACGAGGUCAAGAUCAGGCAGGCAGACGAGCCUAACCUCCCCAUGGCGGGAGUCAUGGUGAGGAUGACUCAGGCAUUUGCCUAUCCCGAGCGCAAGGAUCGCCUGCUGAAAUUCAUCACGGGCGACAGAACGGGCAAGCUUUUCUGCUUCGGGUCCCUGAUGUUUGAUGAUGACCCAUCGGUCGAGCAGUGCAAGUGCAACGAGCUGGAGGGCAUCGAUUGUACGGAGUGCCUGUCCGUCCGCGUCUUGAACGCGAACGAGAUGGAGAUUGAGUUUUCAAUGGUGAACUUGAUGCCAUAG